GUUUCUCUUCUCUUCCACAGAGUAUAUCUAAAGCAUCUCUCUCUCUCUCUCUCUUCAUAGUCUCUCCACACUUGUUCUCCGGUCAGAGAAGUAUUAAAGGAGUAUAAGAAAACAAUUUCUCUGCUUCCACGAAACAAUUUCACCCAAUACUCUGUGUUUUCAUCAACAAAUAAUAAGCAUUCAGAGUUUUCAGGCUUCUCUGUCUCUAUCCAUGAGGAUGUGGCAUAUGGAACCACCAUCAAAGAUCCCAGUUUCAGAUGAUACUCAAGGGAAAGGGAGAAAUCCAUGGUCCAUCCCACUCGGAACUGAUGCCAGCUUGUUCUCUAGCUCAUUGCCUGUUCUUCCACAUGAAAAAUGGAUGUCUAACAAAUCAGUUGACGAUAACGCUCAUAGCUUCAAUCAGUUCCAUAUGGAAGAAGGGGAAACAAGUCGACCUGGAAGCUUUCUUCCUGGGGAUGAGGAUGAACUAUUAGCUGGCAUUAUGGAUGAUUUUGAUCUGGGUGAGCUCCCUACUCAGCUGGAGGAAUUAGAAGAUGAUCUUUUUGGUGGAGGAGGAUUUGAAAUGGAACCUGAGCUCCAAGAUAAUUUGUUUAAUGGCUUUGCAAAGUUAAGCAUGUCUCCUGGAAGUGGAAGCACUGUACAUUAUGGCUAUCCGAAUGGCAGCACAGGAACAGUGGCCGGGGAACACCCCUACGGAGAGCACCCUUCGAGGACACUGUUUGUUCGAAACAUAAACAGUAAUGUGGAAGACUCUGAAUUGAGAUCUCUAUUUGAGCAAUACGGCGAUAUAAGGACUUUGUAUACUGCAUGUAAGCACAGAGGGUUUGUGAUGAUAUCUUAUUAUGAUAUCCGAGCUGCACGAACAGCAAUGCGUUCUCUGCAAAAUAAGCCUCUAAGGAGAAGGAAACUCGAUAUUCAUUUUUCAAUUCCAAAGGAAAAUCCAUCAGAGAAGGACAUUAACCAAGGAACUCUUGUUGUUUUCAAUUUAGACCCAUCAGUAACUAAUGAGGAACUUUGUCAAAAAUUUGGCACUUAUGGGGAAGUAAAAGAGGUAAGGGAGACACCACAUAAGAGACACCAUAAGUUCAUUGAGUUUUAUGAUGUUAGAGCUGCUGAAGCUGCUCUUAAGGCGUUAAAUAGGAGUGACAUUGCUGGGAAGCGGAUAAAGCUUGAACCUAGUCGGCCCGGUGGAGCCCGCCGCAACUUGAUGCAACAGCUGAGCCUAGAGCUAGACCAUGAUGAUGUUAGAACAUUCAGGAACCCAAUCGGUUCACCAAUUGCCAGUUCUCCUCCAGCAGGAAGCUGGGCAAAUUUCGGCAGUCCAGUUGAGCCCAAUCCACUGCAUAAUUACAGUGCAUCUCCCAAUUCAAGAAAUCUCAGCACUGUAACUACCAAUCAUAUGUCUGGACUUGCGUCUAUCAUUCCCUCUCCCCUCUCAAAUCCCAUGAAGAUUGCACCCAUUGGUAAAGAAACAGGAAGGGUUAGUCAGGUAAGCCAGCACUCUCAUUCGUUUAAUGAGAAGAAACCAAGUUCAGGCUCUGGAAUAGGAACACUCUCAGGUCCUGAAUUUCUUUGGGGAAGCCCGCCACCUACUCACUCGGAACGCGAUGGAUCUUCUGUCUGGUCAACGUCACCGAUGGGAAAACCGUAUUCACACUGGCAGGGCCCACUUCUAGGUCCGGGCCAUCACGUGGGGUCAGCACCAUCUGGGGCUCCCUUGGAAAGGCAUUUUGGGUUUUACCCUGAGUCACCUGAAACAUCGUACCUAAGCUCUAAUCUUAGUAAUAAUGGGAGCCAUGUAAUGAACACGGCUUUUACUGGUGGGAGUUUUAGUGAAAGUGGCUCACCCGAUUCUAGAAUGAUGCCACUGUCAAGAAACAUUCCUAUAUUUUUUGGAAGUGGUUCUUAUGGAGGAAGUGGGUCAAAUAAUGGUGAAGGAAUGAUUGAACGUGUUAGUCGAGCUCGCAGAAUGGAAAGUGGGAACACAAUGGAUAACAAAAAACAAUACCACCUUGAUUUGGAAAAGAUCAUGAGAGGGGAAGAUUCCAGAACUACUCUGAUGAUUAAGAACAUCCCAAACAAAUACACUUCAAAGAUGCUACUCGCAGCAAUUGAUGAGACCCAUAAAAGUUCAUAUGAUUUCCUCUACUUGCCUAUUGAUUUCAAGAACAAGUGUAAUGUUGGUUAUGCCUUCAUUAACAUGGUCUCUCCCCAAAGCAUCAUCUCUUUCUAUGAGAUAUUCAAUGGGAAAAGGUGGGAGAAGUUUAAUAGUGAAAAAGUUGCCUCAUUGGCUUAUGCAAGAAUCCAGGGAAAAGCUGCUUUAGUAGCUCAUUUUCAGAACUCAAGCUUAAUGAAUGAAGACAAAUGGUGUCGCCCGAUUUUAAUCCAGUCAGAGGGUGAAAAUCCUGCCCAAAAGGAACCUUUGCUGUCCAGCAACCUAAAUGUAUUCAUCCGCCAUCUUGAUGGGUCUUAUUCAGGAGAUUCUCUAGACAGUCCCUAGGAUAACGACAGUAGCAGUAAUAAUAAUAAUAAUAACCCUAAAGAAGAGAUGCCCAAAACGAUUCUAGGGAAGCAGCAGACCUUCAACUCUUGAAAACAAUGCCGAGUUGCCAGCUGGUUCUAACUGUUAAUAUGUAUUUUUUCCAUUUGUACAUACUAGUGGGAACAGUGGAUGUGCCUUCUUCUUCUUCUUCUUCUUGUUCUUGGCAGUGUCUGGUUUUAUGCAAAGGACACUCCCUGGCAUAAGGAGUUUGGAAAAUUCGGGUACUUAGCUAACGUUAAUUUGAUAGAAGAACAAUAAGGCAAAGCAAGUGUGUCUAUCCUGCCAUGUUCUAUGAUGAUGAUGAUGGCUUGUUAAUUAAUGUACAAUCUCAACUAUCCUUUGUGCUCUUUCUUUUGCUUUGAGGUCAUUUCUAAUAUGCUUGUGGGUUGGUUCUUAGGUUCAGAACAUUGGGGUGUUGUUAUCUCAAGUGUAUAAAAUGCAAACAGACCCCUACUAGUUGUUUAUCAAUGAAUGCCCUCAAGCAAAACUGGUUUUUAGUUGUGAAUUGUGACAUGGCAUUUAUUACUAGUAUUAUGGAGUAUGAUUUUUAGUGUGUUUGGUUUGCCUUUUUGUUUUUCCUUUUCUGGAAAUACAGAGCAAGUGUUUUA